AUGGAUUGUGACUCUACUGGUACCGUCCUUGGCGACGCCUUGGCAGACCGUCGCCGGCACAGGCCGGCAGCCGUGAAAGAUGAGUGGAUACUGGAUACUCGUGGACGUUCGUUUGUGGGGCAGCAUGACCUGGACUCCUUGAACCACGUGAUCCGGAGCUUGGAUGUGGAAGGCACAGGGCUACUGGAGACGAUUGCUGGUACCGGUGAGCCGGGUUGGUCGGGCGAUGGAACGGCGGUCGCGGCGCUCUUGAAUGUCCCGCUGGGCCUGGCGGUGGAUAGCGGCAAUGGGGUGCUCUACGUGGCCGACUCGGGCAAUCAUCGGAUCCGCGCGGUGACCUUGGCAACAGGGGAGUACUAUCAAGCAGAAGAAAAUCGCACGAGUUCUGGUGCCAGCACAGACACUGUCAGGCUCCAUGGACCGAAACAGCAAUUGGUGUGUCCCCUGACCUCUGCACCAGCGGCGUCUUCCCUGCUUUUGGGCAGCGGCUAUUGCAAAGGCAGCACUGGAGCUGGCUACACAGACUUCUCACAGUCCCACGAGGAUCGGCUGGAUUUUCACGUCGAAGCCUCCCAUGGGGCUGGCACCUAUGAACUUCGCUUUCGCUACGCGGAUCGCUACAGCGAGAUCCGAUCGCCUGGGAAUCGUCAACUGCGUUUGCUGGUGAACGGAGUGGUCACGACCGACGCCUUGGUCUUUGAGCCCUCGGGCCCCUUUCCCUCGGGCGGUCGGAACGACUACUGGUGGAGCGUGGCCAGCGCGAGCUUCACCUCUGGUACCAACCUCGUGCAGUUGCAGGUGACCAGCCACUGGGGUCCCAGGAUCGACCUGCUGUAUGUCUUGCCACCGCUGCCCGCGAUCACCACCGUGGCUGGCACGGGCGUUGGAGCGCUGCCUAGCCCUGAGGAUCUGACGACGGCGCAGAGCGCGACAGCGAGCACUCUGCGGACACCAUCAGGUUUGGUCUUGGACGUCGCCUCGCAGCUGCUCUACAUCGCCGACACCGAGAACGGCCGCGUGCGGCGCCUGGAUCUGGGCGCCGGCACCAUCAGGACGAUCGCUGGUGGCGCCACCACGGAUGAGGUGACGGAUGGCCUUGAUGCUGCCAGCCGCAAGCUCUUCCGGCCGAUGGGCUUGGCCUUGGACAUCACGAGGGCGUUGCUCUAUGUCACGGACUUCCAUUUGAACCAACUUCGCCGCAUCGAUUUGAGCUCCCACAUCCUCACUGGAGGCACGAUCACCAGCGUGACGGGCGCAGCGUUGGGUGCGGGCUUCGAGCUACGUUUGCGGAAUCCCAUGGGGCUCGUGCUGGACUCCAGCACUCAGCUGCUGUACGUGGCGGACGCCGGACAAGCGCGGCUGCGGGUGGUGAACCCUUUGGAGUCGUGUAGUGCAGAGCUGCCACCGCAGUCCACACUGCAGCCAUGUGGACAGCCGGGGGUCUCUGAAGCCGACUGCUUGUCUUUAGGAUGUUGCUAUGAGAGCAAUUGCGGGCUACCUCCCAAUCCGGAUGGUCGGGACACGCCCGGCUUUCAACCGGAGGACGUGCUGACGAGGGUGGAUGGUGCCAAGCUGGAUCCACCGAUCUCCUUUGUGAACUCAGGAGGCCAGCAGUGCUGUCAUCCCAAUCUCCGCGCGAUGAGCACGCUGGAUGUCACGCCGUGGCCGCAGGGCCUCGCGUUGGAUAGCGGCACCAACAUGUUGUAUGUGUCUCAGGGCAAGAACCAUCGGGUGGUAAGAAUUCAUCUUGACGAUGGUCGGUGCAUCUCAGCUUCCGAAAGCUCCAACGUGUGCUGA